AGCACAGGUAAUGAGCGGGCAACGUCGUCGAGGACCUGCGCACCAGAAUACAUUCGCGUUUCGACACAAUCCCAAGAGCAAGAAAACCGAGCGCAUCCUAGCGUCUCCGAUUGAGGGUCUCUGUCAACGAUGCCAUGAAAAAGUAGAAUGGCGAAAAAAAUAUAGGAAAUACAAGCCACUUAGCGCCCCUGCAACAUGCACCGGCUGUCACACCAAGAGUGUCCGUGCGGCGUACCAUCAAAUUUGUGACCCGUGCGCUGAAAAGCGCGCCGUCUGCGCAGGUUGCGCUGAGCCCAAGUCGAUUGUCAAGAAGACAGGAGCGGCUGCAGAAAAGGACGUGGAGGAGAAGCGCCGGGCGUUAGAGAGAGACAUAAAAGGGUUACAUUUGCGAAAGCAGCGCAAAAUUCUGAGAGAAUUUGAUCGGUCGGGCGGAGAUAUGGAUGUGGAAGGUGCUAUGGAGGCGGUGGGAUCGGACCUCGAUGACGACGGAAUAGGAGAUAGCGACGACAAAGAACAUGAUGAGGAUUCGGAAAGAGAGUGAGGGAGCGAGAUAUGGGGCAGGAGGGAAGGAAUGGACGCCUCAAAUGCGAAAAGUGUUGAGCAUUGUGUUUAAAGGACGAGGGCUGAAAGGACGAGGGCUGAGAGUAUACACCUAGACUAGAACUUGUAAUUAAACGGCUGAAAGUAUCAUCAAAUGAGGCGAUCUCUAUGUUGAAAAUGUCGAUUGUAGAUCCAGGGAGGAUGACGACCACCUCUUGAAGGCACACGUGG